AGCGAAAAUCAAUUGGAAUUGCCAUUACUAAAUCAAUGACCCCCAAAAUUAGACAUAAAUUCGCCCCUAAUUUAGUAAGAUGCAUCCCAACACUGCUGUGCCAUAAUUUUGCUUUAUUUCUACCUUCCUACACGUUUUAUGCAGGUCAAUUUCCUCAUUACCUCAUUAACCCCUCCCUGAUUACAUAACGAUCCGUGACUUCAAUUAGACGUUACACACGAUGACAUCAACGCAUGUAAUAAUCCUUAGAAACGCACACAUAAUAAUCAAACAAAGCACACCAACACCAACCCUCAAGAAAAAAUCCUCGCAGAAAAUUCAUCAUCAUCAAAAAUGACUGAAAAUGUCCUCACAUUUUGCACGGCCGAAUUACCCCCAGAAGUACAUCCAUCAUCUCAUCCUUUCUUCUCAACUUCUCGUUAUGCAACUAGUAUAGUAAUGUAAUCACUUCCUAGGUUAUCUCCCACUUCAUCCAUCUUUCUCAACGCACAGAAGAAAGUUCUAAAAUCUGGUCAAUUGUGCGAACACCCAGUGAAACCCCUAUCGGAAAACGCACACGUACACCUAUCCGGGCUUUCCAAACUGGGUUUCUCAACGCUCCGCUAUCUACUCUCACUACAUUCGUGCGAAGCGCGCCACAGAGUAAUUCGUACCAUUUUAGCCGGAAUACGUUCGCGGUGCUGGAUAAGCGUAGUAGGGAUGAUGAGACGGUGGUUUUGUGGACGAGGAUUGAGAGGAUAGGUGGGGAGUUGAUGGAGCGUGGGGAUGGGGAUGGGGAUGGGGAUGGGGAUGGGGGUGCGGAAUGGGAAGGGGAUGAGCAGGUGGUGAGUGUGGAGUGGAGGGAUUUUAGGGUCGAGUUUUGUAAGGCGUGUUGGGUGGUCGGGCUUUUGCAAAUGAGACCUAGGUUGUUUGUUGAGAUUGUCGAGAAAGGGCAGGGGGCGCAGGUAGAUGGGGAGGGCGUUUUGAGGGUGGAUGCUCCUAUGAAGAAGGGAGAUGUGGAGGAGGGAGAUGAUGAUUUUAGUGAUGAGGAGGAGGAAUGAUGGGGGGUUAGUUUUGCUUUUGGUUUGCUUUGGUUUGCUUUGAUGGGAAAAGUUUGAGUCGAAUGGUAACCUUGCAGUUAACGUUCUCAGCUACUAUUGAAGAGGUCAUGACACGUGAUUUGUAUGCCGUGUUAUUGA